CUCCUCAUCCACCAAGCAUCAAUCAACAUGGGUUCCAACAAGCCUAGGGGUCUCCAAGCCGCGCGAAAGCUCCGUACCGACCGUCGAGAGAACCGAUGGGCCGACAACGACUACAAGAAGCGAGCUCUCGGCAAGUUCUACAAGACCUCCCCCACCGGUGGUUCUUCCCACGCCAAGGGUAUCGUCUUGGAGAAGAUCGGUGUUGAGGCCAAGCAGCCCAACUCUGCUAUCCGAAAGUGUGUCCGAGUCCAGCUCAUCAAGAACGGCAAGAAGGUCACCGCUUUCGUCCCCAACGACGGUUGUUUGAACUUCACCGACGAGAACGACGAGGUCCUCAUCUCUGGUUUCGGUCGACGAGGAAAGGCUAAGGGUGAUAUCCCCGGUGUCCGAUUCAAGGUCGUCAAGGUCGCUGGUGUCGGUCUCCUUGCCCUCUGGAAGGAGAAGAAGGAGAAGCCUAGGUCAUAAUCGUAUCUUUCGGUUCACGCCUAGGGAUGCAUGUAUGAUUUCACAGACAUUGGAUCAAGCAUGGAUGGCAUUUCCCACACUUUUUUGUUGUCUUGUCUUUUCAAUCAAUCUGAGCAAUGUGGGGGAGACAAGAAGGGGA